AUGUCCCAAGGGAUCUUUAACCCGGAUUUUAAUGCUUGGAAUGUAACCGCAGCUAAGUAUAAACGGAUUGUACCUGCUCUUAACCUAAGUAUUCCUGCAAACCGGAAUUCAUUAGCUUUCGGAAACUGGCAGAAUCAUCGUGGCACUCCGUCAGAGAUAGAUUAUCGAAACAGGUACAGACGCCUGCGAAAAUUAGUAAAAAAUAAAAUUGAUGUUCGUCAAGAGGAAUAUUGGGAUGAAGUGUGCGAAGAAAUAGAAAAAUCUAUUAAAAUUCAUGAUCCAGCAACUGCUUUCUCCAUCAUAAGACGUCUUCGACGAGGAAGUAAAAGAGUAGAAAAUAUGCCAAUCAAAGACAAAAAUGGCAAUCUGUUGGUUUCGUCAACAGUCGAUCCUGAUUUGAUUGAUGCGAUCCAAAUAGACGAUAUACCACAGGCAGAGGAAGAACGGCAAAAUGCUCAACCUUCUGUGGAAGAAGUAAGAAGAGCACUAAGUCAAAUGGAGUCUAGAAAAGCACCUGGUAACGAUGAAGUUACCGUUACCAUCCUUAAAGCUGGUGGUGAGCCGGUUAUCCUAUGGCUCUAUGAAAUCUUCUCUGACAUAUGGAAGAAUAAAGAAAUGGUAGAGGACUAG